GUGAUUUUCAUCUUUCUCCCCACUGCACUACACUAUCCUUCUUUCGCAUCCUUUCUCUUUCUUUCUUGCUCUCUAACCCCCACCUUUUUUUUUCCCAUUUCUUGCUAAAAAUACCCAAGAAUUUCUCCAAAAGAAAAAAAAAAAUUUAAUCAUGUCAGGUGACAGACCUAAAGAUUCUGCGGAAGGGUCCUCGCGAUCCGGUGGUGAUCAUCAGCAGCAGCAGCUAAUUCCUCAACCGGCUCCGUUGAGCCGUUACGAGUCACAGAAACGGCGGGAUUGGAACACUUUCGGGCAGUAUUUGAAGAACCAGAGACCGCCAGUGUCACUGUCGCAGUGUAACUGCAACCAUGUUCUUGAUUUCCUUCGGUAUCUUGAUCAGUUUGGGAAGACUAAGGUUCAUCUACAUGGGUGUGUGUUUUUUGGACAACCAGACCCUCCCGCUCCUUGCACUUGCCCUCUAAGGCAAGCUUGGGGAAGUCUUGAUGCCCUAAUCGGACGGCUAAGAGCUGCUUAUGAGGAGCAUGGAGGAUCACCAGAGACAAAUCCUUUUGGAAAUGGGGCUAUUCGUGUUUUUUUGCGCGAAGUGAGGGAGUGUCAGGCUAAGGCAAGAGGGAUUCCAUACAAGAAGAAAAAGAAGAAGAAGAAUCAAAUCAAGCCAAGAGAGGAUGCAAAGCCUUCGAUGCAGCCAGCUUAAUAUCAACUCCUUUUGCUUCUGCAGAUGAAUGCCUCUACUGUGAAUCUUGCAGGGUCACAGAAUAGGCAUCCGUUGGAUAUGAGCAGGUUAUAGAAAAGGGAAAUGAUUGAAGUUUGUUCUCAUCUCUAGAUGGGUAUUAGGCUCUCCCAUGGCAGAUAUAUUCACAUAUAUAUAUAUAUAUAUAAUAUAUCAAAGAGCAGUGUUAGCUACUUCUAAAAUAAUCAUUGUGGUACGGUGAAGGAUUUGUAGAUGAUAGGAAUUUACCAUGCACUUGAUUUGUAAUACCCUUAUUACUUGCUACUAGACUUGUUAGAAUCCUAAACGAAGCAUGCAAUAUCCUCUUCUAUAUUUCUUUGGCGCAUACAUAUAUAGGAAUGUUUUCGCAUACGGUGAAAAUGGCAUAAGCUUUUCUACCAAAUAUCAACUUUUUUAUCAUUGUUAGAUGAGUUGUAAUUAUUAGUUAUUAAUUACCCUUUACCUGUUUCAGUAA